CAUGAAGAGAUCUAUCUACAAAUGAUUUUGUUACUGUCUUCUUCCACUAAGUUGUUGCAACAAUCAACUUCAGCUUUCUAAGUUUUUGAUAGAGAUGGGGAAGGCAGGGAAAUGGCUUAGAAACUUCUUGACAGGGAAGAAAGAAAGGGAAAAGGAGAAGGUGAAGGACAAAUGUGGUGGUAAUGCAACAAGCCUGAAUUCUUCAAAUGGAACAGAAAAUCCAACCACUCCAAAUUCCACAACCCCAAAGGAGAAAAGGAGAUGGAGCUUUAGAAGAUCAUCUGCCACAUCCACAUCCACACCAACAACACCUUCCAAGGAAUUGAACUUUGCAGAAUCAAAUGUCACUGCUUCACAGACACCACAAGCUGCUGCCACCACAGAUAUUCCUCUGGAUGAUGAGCAGAAGAAGCAUGCCAUGGCUGUGGCUGCUGCCACGGAGGCAGCAGCUGACGCGGCAGUGGCUGCAGCUCAGGCUGCGGCUGCUGUGAUCCGCUUGGCUUCUGGUUCCAAUGGAACAGCUGAAGAGGCUGCAGCCAUCAAAAUUCAAUCUGUCUUUAGGUCCUACUUGGCAAGAAAAGCAUUGUGUGCUCUCAGAGGACUAGUGAAGUUGCAGGCUCUGGUAAGGGGUCACUUGGUGAGAAAACAGGCCAAGGCAACACUGAGAUGCAUGCAGGCUUUGGUGACAGCACAGGCUAGAGCUCGUGUUCAGAGGAUCCGAAUUGCAUCAUCAGAAGGGAAGUCUUAUCAGAAGCAAUCAAGUUUCAGAAACACUACAGAGGAAGAUUUAUAUGCUCAAGUGUAUAAUGAAAUGGAGAGAGGCAUGGAAGAGAACAUCAAGAUUGUGGAGAUGGAUGUCUGUGAAUCAAAAGGAAACUCUAGAAGCAGAAGCAGCAGUGUGCAUAAAUUUCCAGCAUAUUAUUCAAAGGAAGAAAACUUGAAGGUAUCACCAGCUCCAUCAGCCUUAACAGAGUUUAGUCCAAGAGCAUGUAGUGGACACUUUGAGGACUGCUUCAGCACAGCACAGAGCAGCCCUCAAUGCUACUCGGCCGCGUCUGGAGCUGACGAUUCGAAGCAUCCCUUCUCCUUCCCUAGGCCAGGCUAUGGUGAGGUGAUGUCCUAUGACUACCCUUUGUUUCCAAAUUACAUGGCCAACACAGAAUCAUCAAGGGCCAAAGUGAGAUCACACAGUGCACCAAAGCAAAGGCCUGAUUCAUUUGAGAGGCAGCUGAGCCGGCGAAGAGCUUCUGUGGAAGGAAGGAAUGUGCCAAGGCCUGUGAGGAUGCAGAGGUCAUCUUCACAUGUAGGUGCCACUAAUCCAUGGUCAGCAAUCAAGCUUGAUAGGUCCUCAGUUUCACUCAAGGACAGUGAGUGUGGAUCAACAAGUACAGUCCUCACAAACACUAAUUACUGCAGAUCCCUUGUUGCAUAUCAUCAUCAUGGAGAUAGGUAGUGAUAGUGCAACUUUGCUGAGUGUUCCUCUUCUUCUACUUUUACUACAUAUAUAUAUUGAAGGCCAACUUUUGUAGACUUUCUUCCUGUGUCUUACUUAGUAAGAAUUCAUUGUAACGGUUUUGUGGACUGUGUAUAAGUUUUUAACAAGCGAUGUAUUCCCUAAAUAGAUUCAAGUUUACUGCUAGUAAAUUAUGUGAGGCUUUCCAAAUAAACAUAUUCACCUUUAGAGGAACAUUCAUUUCCCAUAUCUCCUUCCAUAACUCCCUCAUAUCCUCACUCAGUCACUUGUUGAAGCUGCAUUUACAUUCACUGCCUGUUUUCCAAUUGCUAUGAAUCAGAUUUGAGAACUUUAGGCUUUAGCCCAAUACAAACUACAGGAUGGUCUAAAGUCAUCCGCUAUGCACCAAAAAUAUAUCAGAUUUGUAGGGCUUAAGCCCAU